AUGACUGGAACAGAUACGGAUGUGAAUAAAACGGAUACGGAUAUCGAAGAUAACUUGGAUUCGUCAUCACGGAAGGAUUUGGACGACUACGAUUUGGCAGCCGAAUUGCGCGAAGUGGAGGAGAAGUUAGCAGCCGAAGCGCAUCAUUUGCGGGUGACGACUGCAGGUGAGCAGCAGGCUGAGACUCAGACAGCGAGUAGUCACCGUCAAAUGACAGCAAAUAACAUGGCUCUGAUCCUGUGA